UAAAGUCAAAAAUCAAGAUGAGCAAGAAGAGCAAUAAGAGCAAUAAGAUUGUGAAAAAUAAAGCCAGUCGAGGCAGAGUAGAGGACAUUGAAAUGGCCAAGCAAGUGGCAACCCAAAGCAGCACAGAGGAGCUCGAAAACCGCAAUGAAUCUGAGGCCAACUUCUUCCGCGACUACGUGGCAAAGCAAAAUGGCUGCAUGCAAGAGAAGAAGAACCUUGCAGAGGGGGAGAAACAGUAUUGCUGCUCUUUUCAUGCCGAAUUGUUACAGAAACGCAGAAAGCCACCUGCCUCCUAUCCCCUAAUCAGCAAUCCCAUCUGGAAUCGAGCUCUGGGCCCCAUUCCACCCACCAUUUCCACGCCAGGGUUCUCUUUCAAUAUUAAAAAUCGGGACAACAAGAAGACCGGCGGGGUUGUAGAGGUGCCUGAGAUCUUUGAUACAUUUGCAUUUGGCGCGGAACUUGAGAGAAGGGGCUAUAAGUCAAAGAUUCAGUUGCCCGACUUUCGCAAGAUUAAGCCAGGUCUAUUCCAGAGGGCAAUGAUGGAUGAAGAUCGCCCUAUCCUAGAUGCCAAAAAAGUGCAGGCCAAGCCAUCCACAUCACAACACUCCGCACAGCCAGAACUGCCGCCUGAUGUAAAACAAGCCAAUGCCCUGCAGAAUAAAAUGCCAGGGCAGGAAAACAAGAAAACAGGAAAGAAAACACAAAAUAAGUCCACCAAAAAGUCCAGCAACAACUAAAUGUUGCAAAAAAUACACACACAAAAUAACACAUAAAUACAGAUACAAGCAACAGAAACCGAUACAGAUACAGAUUGAAAUAGAUAUGAGAUAUGAAAUCCAGAAACAAACAAACAAAAACAGGUUGGGCGACCAUUUUCGCUCCAAGCUCCACCAUAGACAUAUCUACGGAGUUGGUUGCAGCAUGGAACCCACUAGAUGAUACGAUGAUAAGAUGAUAACCGCAAAUAUUUAUUCGGUUUUAGCGCAAAAUAAAUAGUAAACCAAAAUAUAUAAAACAAAAACCGACAAAAGACCAACGGAAGAACAAGUUUUUUAUAACACAAUUUUUGGAUUAACAAAAUAGAGAUACAAAAUCUCUCAAAAAUCGCUCUCUAUUCCUCAUCCCUUAUGCAGUGCACGGCCUAACUGAAACUGAAAAUGAAUUUCCAUUUUCCUCUACAUGGAAAAUACGCUUUUCAUUAGUUAUGCUACCUUUUGAAUUACCGUACAGACAGACACACACGGAACCC